AAUCCCUGGCCUUAAGGUAUAAGAGAUGUACCGCUCAACGAUGGUAGCCUGCGUGAUAACAAUGGUAACGUUGAUGAGUACAAAGGAGCAAAUGUCAGAGGCUACCUCAAGUCAACGCUACUGCGGAGACUCCCUCAAGAACGCCCUCUCACUUAUCUGCAGUGGCGGAUUCAACAAGAGAUCAGGCGAUGACCUCGUUGAAACCAACGUCCUUAGUGAUGAUCCUGAGACGGUCAGGCUGUUCAGGGACAGAAACAUAGCGAGAUCAUUACGUCUCCGUCAGCGAGCAAGGGGUGUCGCUGAUGAGUGCUGCCACAGAUCUUGCAGCAUUAACGAGCUUUCAUCCUACUGUGUUUCCCCCAGAGGUUCAAAAUAGCCCACGUCUUCCACAAUCGCUUAAAAUAAUUAAAAUUGUUGUUAAAAUUUUUUAAUUCCUUGUAGAUCCUUAUUCGUUGCUCACUUUGUUUUGUUCCACGGCUUUACAUUUACUUCAUACUAUUAAAUAUUUUAAAUACUUAUUUUUAAAAAGGCUGUAGAUUAUGUUACAUUAUAAAUUGAACUAAUAAAAACAUUCACAAGCCCA